AUGGAGGCACCCCUGGUAAGCCUGGAGGAGGAGUUUGAGGAGGGCCCCAGGGACGAUGGGGGCACCCCACAGCGCACCGCGGACCCAGCGCUGGCUGAGCUGGAGAGCUUCUCAGCCGAGAUGAUGAGCUUCAAGUCAAUGGAGGACCUGGUGCAGGAGUUCGACGAGAAGCUCACUGUCUGCUUCCGCAACUACGAUGCUGCAACUGAGGGCUUGGCUCCUGUGCGGGGCCGUCUCCAGGUGCAGGAGGAGGAGGAGCGCCUCCAGGAUGAGGAGGUCUGGGAUGCCCUCACCGAUGGCUUUGCCCCCCGGAGCUCCCCCCAGCCAUGGCUGCUCCCUGGGACUGAAGCCUCUGACAGCACUGACUCCCAGCUCGGCGGGAAGGAGGAGGAGGAGGAGGAGCUCACUGAGAGGAGUGAGCAGGACUCAGGCAUCAACGAGGAGCCAUUGCUGACAGCUGAGCAGGUCAUCGAGGAGCUGGAGGAGCUGAUGCAGAGUUCACCUGACCCCGAGGCUGACCCUGAGGGUGAGGAGGAGGAGGAAGAGGAAGAGGAGGAGGAAACCGAGGCUGAUGCUGAAGGCGAAGGUGGUGGCGGGGGUACAGAGCCCAUCCUGCUGCGGGAGCUGUGUGCUUUCUCCCCUGCCUUCAACAACAACUGCUCCCAUGAAG